ACUGGAGCGAGGGCGAGAUCGCGAAGUUUCGGAAAGCGCGCGGUCAACAUACGGGCACCUGGGGCCCUCGAGCUGAGGCGCACAGUGCGUCCUGACUCUUCAGAGCGUGCAGACAUGCUGAAGUGUGGGCUGAGCGGCAGUCAGGUGAAAGUGUUUGGGAAAGCAAUCCAAGCCCUCUCACGAAUUAGUGAUGAGCUGUGGCUAGACCCCUCUGAAAAAGGUCUUGCUUUAAGAUCUGUGAAUUCUUGUCGGUCAGCAUAUGGAUGUGUCCUCUUCUCUCCUGUGUUUUUUCAACAUUAUCAGUGGUCAGCUUCAGUGAAAAUGAAUGAUAGUGACAAAAUAUCAAAUUUAAAUUGCAAAUUAGGAAUGAAGUCAAUUCUGCCCAUCUUUAGAUGUCUGAAUUCCCUUGAAAGAAAUGUAGAGAAGUGCAAAAUAUUCACCAGAUCUGAUAAGUGCAAAGUAGUUAUUCAGUUCUUCUGCAGACAUGGUAUUAAAAGAAUUCAUAAUGUGUGUUUUCAAGAAAGUCAGCCUUUGCAAGUUAUUUUUGAAAAGAACAUGUGUACUAAUAUGCUAGUGAUUCAACCAAGAGUGCUAGCUGAGGCAAUUGUUCUUUUUACAUCGAGUCAAGAGGAAGUUACUCUUGCUGUUACUCCACUGAAUGUUUGCAUUAAGAGUUCUAAUGAGGAAUCAAUGGAUUUGACCAGUUCUGUAUACAGUGAGAUGUUUGUCGGCCCCGAAGAGUUUGACUUCUUUCAAGUUGGAGUCGACACUGAAAUAACAUUUUGCUUUAAAGAAUUGAAGGGGAUACUGACAUUUUCAGAAGCUACACGUGCUCCUAUAUCCAUUCAUUUUGACUUUCCUGGGAAACCCAUGGCUUUAAGUAUUGACGACAUGUUAUUGGAAGCCAACUUUAUUUUGGCUACAUUAGCUGAUGAGCCAAGUAGAACAUCUUCUCCACAAUCAUUGUGUCUUUCACAAAAACGAAAAAGUUCAAAGGCUGAUGAAAAUGUAACCAGCAAGGCCCCAGAGUAUAUUUCAAGACAAGCAGUACCCAAAAGGCUUUAUUCUAAUGAGACUCCUUCAAACAUCCCUGCAUUGGAAAACUGUGGAAGCCCUUUAGCAAAAAGAAUGCACGGAGACAUUAGUGAAGUACCAGAAAGCAGUGUCAGCGACACGGAGGAAAUGCCAGGCUCUCCAUAUCUCAGGAAGUUUUCUUGCAUGUUCUUUGGAGCAGUUUCUUCUGACCAACAAGAACAUUUCAACCACCCUUUUGACAGUCUAGCAACAGCAAGUGACAGUGAAGAGGAAUGAAUAAUGGCAGUUUCUCAACAUUCUAAUACUUGAUGGCGGAGUUAGCCCCCUGCCCCUUUACUUGCUCUCUUGUACCUCAAACACAUUUUCACACCUAGUCUGUGAAGCUGUUGUUUUGGACUUCCUUGAAAUGGAUGGGCUACUGGUUUUCUACACAUCAUCGUGUACAACAACCAUAUCUAGAAAGAGUUCCUUGUCAAGUAAAUAUAAUUUGCUUUAAAUCCAUUAUGGUACUUGGGAGGCAGAAGAGUUCUGUGUUCAGGGAAAAAGCUCUUUAAAAUUCUUUAAUUGAGUGCAUGUUCACACUAGGGCUUUUAGCAUUUUCUUUGCCAGUUUUAUAAAGUUAUUUAAACUUUAACAGCCAUUUCGUGUGCAUCAAUAUGGCUCACAGAGUUUUGUGACUACUAUCAGGCACCUUUUGUAUUUGAUUGCAAACAUCUGAGUUUUGGUACUUUCAGACAUAGUAAAAAGUUAUGCAUUCUUUUCUCAUGUAAUGUCAUGACUUUGUCCAUUCCUUGUUAAAUUUCAUUAAGGUUUUAAGUAAAAUAACCCCUGGAAAAGAAAGAUUAAGAAUAAAAAUGUAGAGCUACCUCUUUCAUUUUGGAGUCUUUUUAUGUAUUGUGAAACAUUAUUUUAUAGCCUUAAAUUGUCCUGAUUUUCAG